AUGGAGCUGAACCUCGACGGGCUGGCCAACCUGCACCAAGCCGGCGAGCUGCUGAGCCCCGCGGGGGCGCACGCCCGCCAGCCGCCCUCGGCGCACCGCAACCUGGUCUCCUCGCACGGCCGGCCGGCGAUGGUCUCCAGCAUGGCUUCCAUCCUGGACGGGGCGGGGACUACCGGCCGGAGCACAGCCUGGGGGGGGGCCCUGCACCCCGCCAUGAGCAUGGCCUGCGAGUCGCCGUCCGGGAUGAGCACCUACACGACGCUGACCCCGCUCCAGCACCUGCCGCCUAUCUCCACCGUCUCGGAGAAAUUCCACCACCCGCACGCCCACCACCACCACCACCACCAUCACCACCACCCGCACCAGCGGCUUUCGGGCAACGUCAGCGGCAGCUUCGCCCUCAUGCGCGAGGAGCGCAGCCUGGCCGCCUCCAUGGGCAACCUCUACGGCCACUACCCCAAGGAGAUGCCGGCCAUGGGGCAGCCCCUCUCGCCCCUCUCCAACGGCCUCGGCUCGCUGCACAACAGCCCCCAGACCCUCGCUCCCUACGGCCCGGGGGGGCACCUGGCCGGCGACAAGCUCCUCUCCCCCAACGGCUUCGAGACCCACAUGCUCUCCCGCGGCGAGGAGCACCUAGCCCGCGGCUUGGCCGGCCCGGCCUCGGGCAUGAUGCCCGCCCUCAACGGCAUGCACCCCCACGGCCAUCCCCACGGCCAGGGCGCGGCGUCCGGAGGGCCUGCGGGGGGCUCGGGCCAGGUGGAGGAGAUCAACACCAAGGAGGUGGCGCAGCGCAUCACGGCCGAGCUGAAGCGCUAUAGCAUCCCGCAGGCCAUCUUCGCCCAGCGGAUCCUGUGCCGCUCGCAGGGCACCCUCUCCGACCUGCUGCGCAACCCCAAGCCCUGGAGCAAGCUCAAGUCCGGCCGGGAGACCUUCCGCAGGAUGUGGAAAUGGCUGCAGGAGCCCGAGUUCCAGCGUAUGUCGGCGCUGAGGCUGGCAGCGUGCAAACGUAAAGAACAGGAGCAGCAGAAAGACAGGAACCUCCAGCCCAAGAAGCAACGUCUGGUCUUCACGGACCUCCAGCGCCGCACCCUGAUCGCCAUCUUCAAGGAGAACAAGAGGCCGUCCAAAGAAAUGCAGAUGACCAUCUCGCAACAGCUGGGCCUCGAGCUGAACACAGUCAGCAAUUUCUUCAUGAAUGCUCGCCGAAGGUGUAUGAAUCGUUGGCAGGAGGAGCCGGGAACCAACCCUGGGGUCCCUUCUUCAUCAACAAGCACUUUUUCCAAAGCAUGAGGUCUCUCUUCACACACACAA